UAGUUGUGUUAGCCAGAGCUAGGUAGCCUGCGAGCUAGCUCGUUGAAACAUUUUAACAUAGACUCCGUGUAUGGCACGAAACAUCUGUCGCUCACCAUGAGAGGGAACACUGGCUCUCGCUAUGUGCCCGUCAGCCUCUGCUGUCAAAGAGGAUGAAGGACUUUGAGAAAACAAUGAUAAGUUAGCCAACGCCAACAAAAAGUGAAGCUACAGUUUCUGACUAGCCGCCUGCCUUCCUCGUUAGCAUCCUGAGAAGGAAAGCUCUGAGAUUGCAAGUACUGGAUGCGGAAGGAGGAUAUGAGGCAAGCUGGACAGCUAAUGCUAACUAUGAAUGUUUUUUCAUACAUGAAUUGGGUUACCAAUGUGCCAAAAAGUCACCCUCCUGAUUACCCAGUAAGGAUUAGACUAGAGUGUUGCAACGUUGGUGCAGGGAGGGAUCUCAUACUGGCACAAGAAUAUGCAAGAACUUUUGGCCCCAACUGAAAUGCAUAUACCCAAGACACAGAACUACUGAUGAAACAGUCUUGGUCAACCUGCCAUCACCAAUGGAAGUGCCAUCGUAGACAUAAUAUACCUUGGCUCAAACUGCUGCAGAGUUUUUUGAGCCUUGGAGGAAGUGUUUGAGCUUUUGGUUGAACCUAAAGGUGGAAAUGGGUUCCCAAGCUCUUCAGAUACUGCGGCAGGGUGUGUGGGCUUCACUCACAGGAGGCUGGUAUGUGGACCCCCAUCAGAGCACAUUCUCCAACUGCUUCCACCUCUACCUUUGGAUAUUUCUUCUGACCUUCCCCUUCCUUCUGUACAUGGCUCUUCCUCCUAGCUGGGUGGUCGCAGGCGUGUACUCUGCUGUGGUGGCAGUCUUUUUCACAGCCAUUAAGGUGGUGAACUACAGGCUCCAUGCCAUGUUCGACCUAGGUGAGAUUGUCGAGAAGAAACAGGCCUCACUCACAGCUGAAGCCCCAAGGACAGAAGGAGGAGAUGCUUCUUCAGCUGCUCGUGAUGGGAGUCAGCACAGGGAUAGUCAUGUUGGUGUUGAGAUGACUGUUUUUCGGAAGGUCAACUCAACACCCCCAGUACGCUGUAGCUCCCAGCACUCUCUGUUCGGACUGAACCAGGUGUCGGAGUUCUUGCCUCAGCUGGAGGAUACGGGUGGCAGUAAGGAUAUCAAAGAGUUAAUGCAGGAACAAGAAAGUAAUAAUGUGAUUGUGACAUCAGCCCAUCAAGAAAUCCUCCGUCAGAGUUCCCAGGACCCCACUAGGGCUCCCAGUGUGUUCCAGUCCUGUAUUGCUGCUGCUUUGGGAAGUGAUUUCCCAGGUCUUAUGGGAGUACCUGCUGGAUUUGGAGAACCUGAAGACUGCUUAUCUAUACCCCCUUCGCCCUCAAGUCAAGAGGAUGGAGGCGAGAAAGAACAGUUGCAGGAAGUGGAGGAGUUACCCGAACAAUUAUCUCAUCAGAGUCCUGAGAACAGGGGGUUGGGAGCCUAUUCUCCCCUUGGCCCCUAUGCUGAAUCUGAGAGUCUGGGGGAGACUCCCCUUAGCCCCCUUAUAAAGAGCAGCUUAAGUGAGGAGCUAAGUGAAAAUCUUUUGGGCUUAGGCCUUGACCCUGUGGCGUUUGCACCUGGGACUGAGCACCCAGGCAGCCGCAGUGGGGUGGCACUAGCUGCUGGGUCCACAGACAGUUGUUUCAGUGCAGGUGGAGCUACCACAGACCGUGAGACGUUAAGCACUGUUAGCAGUUACCGCAGUGAAAGAACUGAUUCCACCCAGCUGGAAAGUCCUUCGUUUAGUCAGCAGCAUCCUGCAGAUGGACAGGCGCCUGCCUCAGCACCAGCGAUGGAUUCCAACAUUCUUAAUCCCACGGUGGAUUCACCAGGGCAGGAUGGCAGUGAUACUGACAAUCUGUCAGACAGUGUGCUAUUGCGCUCCCCUUCCAAAGAAUAUUCUCUCAGCCAGGGGCUAGACCGGACACUUGUUGAAGGAGAGGAUCUGCCCCCUGUACCUUCUGAUAUUGCACAGCCACCUCCUCUCCAGAACUCUUCCCCUGCAAGUAGUGGCCGCUCAGAGGUUUGUGAUCUAGACAGGAGUGUCCCAGUUCCUCCUCUUCCACCGCCUCGGCAGGCCAGUUCAGUGCCCUCAGGGCUGGCCCUGGGCCUGGUGUGUUCAGAGCCUGCUUUGCCCAUAUCCUCUACCCCCUUCCUACUAUCUGACCAGCCUGCUCUGCAAGCCCAGCAGGUUGUGCGCCCUAAAGACUUAAAGCUGCUGCGGGCCAGCGGCAGUAGCAUGGGGCACAGGCCAGGACGAAGGAAAGCUCCCAGAAGGCGAGCUGGAGCAGGCAGCAGUAGUUUUGACUGUGGCUCUUACAGGCGUCCCCACAAUCAUAGGCAACACAGGGAUUAUAUCCCAGUACGCAACCGGCUUUGUGCAAAGGCAUACAGUGAAAGUUUAUUUGAGGAUUCCACUGACGAGGACGAUGGCAGUGACAUGAGUGCUGGCUCCAGUCUAGGCUCUCAGCGCAGAUACAGUUCAGAUGAUGACGACGACGAUGAUGAUGAUUCAAGUUCCUCUACCUCCUGCUACUCCCCAGACCUCGCUGGUGCUGGCAUUACGACCCCUCUCACCCCUGCUGCUCAACUGCCCACUCCAAGGGAAGGGGAUUUACCCGAAAGUGCUGGCCCCUCACAUUCGCGUACUGCUCAGCGCUCUUCAAGCACAGCUAGUGCUAAGACUCAUGCUAGAGUUUUAAGUAUGGAUGGGGCAGGUGGAGGUCAGAGUAAUGCCACUACUCUGCCCUCUGCUCUGAUUUCAAUGCCCUCCACCUCCACCCCAGCACCUCGCACGCUCACCAUCUCCAAGUCUGAUCUGGAAGCCCACACUAUACACACUGAUAGUUUUCCUAGAACUCAUCAUCAUCGCCUGGAUUCUUUAGGAGGUUCUUGGACUGGCAACCAGAUGGGUUGGAGAGCUGGAGAGCUAGUUGAAGAGGGAGCUGUGGGAGGAGCCCUGGCUCCAGAGGAUGGGGGCAAACAUGAAUCAGUCAGCAGUGUAAAGAGGACCCAAGCCAUACGCAGAAGACACAAUGCUGGAAGCAACCCUACACCACCCCCAUCGACCAUGGGAUCCCCUCCCAGUCUCCAGGACCUCCAGCGGGCUCGUACCUCCUCUCAUUCGCGCACUCGUACACUUCCCUCAGCCUUACAGUUUGCCUCUUCACUCCUGCUGCCCCGCAGUGGCGUCCACGAGGCCUCCACCUUCGAUGACACAUCAGAGGGGGCAGUGCACUAUUUCUUUGACGAGAGUGGAGUGAAGAGGUCCUACACAUUUGGACCUGCUGGAGGCGGUUAUGAGGACCCAGUUCAGGAAAGGGAAAGACAGUCCCAGUCCUCGAGCUUCACUUCCACAGAGGUCCAAGAAGGGGCACCAGUCUUGUCCAUACUUCAGCCCAGACCAGUAGUUUUACAAGGCAUGCAGGUGCGCAGGGUGCCUCUGGAAAUGCCUGAGUUUGAUCUGGAUCAUGAAUCACUACAAGAAUCCCAGGAGAACACGCUGAUGAUUGAGGAGAGAGCCAAACCCAAACAGUACUAUCGCUUCUGGGUGCUGCCUGGAAAGUGGCUGAGGGUUCGAUAUGAUCGAUUAGCUCUUCUGGCGUUAUUGGACAGGAACCGUCGUGUGGAGGAGAACGUGUUUGCUGUGGUGCUGGCCAGUCUGGUUGCCUUUCUUGGGUUCAAACUGUUACUCGAGGGCUUUUUCAGGGACAUCUGGGUCUUCCAAUUCUGCCUGGUCAUUGCCAGCUGCCAGUACUCCUUACUGAAGAGUGUGCAACCGGACGCAGCGUCUCCCAUGCAUGGUCAUAACUGGAUCAUCGUGUACAGUCGACCAGUCUACUUCUGCUUGUGCUGCAUGAUGAUUUUGAUCUUUGACUUAUUUGGGCGCUCUGAAAGCCUGCAACCCUUCUCCCUCUAUGGCGUCACCUUCUUCUCCCCUCACUUCCUGCUUUGUGUCAGGGACAUGCUCAUUGUGUUUGCCUUGUGUUUUCCGGUCAUUUUCCUGUUUGGGCUGCUACCUCAGGUCAAUACUUUUGUGAUGUGUCUGCUGGAGCAGAUCGACAUGCACAUUUUUGGUGGAACCGCCACUACCAGUCCUCUCUCAUCUCUGUUCAGCCUCAUUCGCAGCAUAUUGGUGGCUGCUCUGCUGUACGGAUUUUGCUUCGGUGCUAUAAACGCACCGUGGGGAGAUGCCCAUGUGCCAGUACUGUUUUCAGUUUUUUGUGGCUUACUACUGGCCUUAUCCUACCACCUCAGUCGCCAAAGCAGCGAUCCUACCAUCCUGUGGUCACUGGUUCAGUCUAAAUUAUUCCCAGAGCUGGAGAAUCGAACACCAGAAGAGCCUCCUGUGGAGAUCAAGGAUCCUCUUCCUGAGAAGCUGCGCAACUCUGUGAAGGAGAUUCUUCAUUCAGACCUCGUCAUGUGCCCCCUCAUGGCUGUGAUUACAUUUGCCAUCAGUGCCAGCACUGUUUUCAUUGCUCUUCAACCGGCUCUUAGUUUUGUCUUGUACAUCCUGGCUGGAGUUGUAGGCUUCAUCACACAUUAUCUCCUGCCCCAGCUUCGCAAACAGCUGCCAUGGUUUUGUCUGGCUCACCCUGUGCUCCGCUCCAAAGAGUACAGUCAAUUUGAGGUCCGAGAUGCCGCUCAGUUGAUGUGGUUUGAGAAGCUCUAUGCGUGGCUUCAGUGUGUGGAGAAAUAUUUUAUCUACCCAGCUGUGGUGCUCAACUCCCUAACGACAGAAGCUCGAACUGUCGGCCAGAACCAUAAAGACAUCUACAGCCGAGCCCUCUUCAUCUCAGUAGCAGGCAUGAAGUUGCUACGUCUGUCUUUCUGUACCCCGUCACAGCAGUACGUCACGCUGUGCUUCACCACGCUCUUCUUCCACUUUGACUAUCCACACUUCUCAGAGACCUUCCUGAUUGACUACUACUUUAUGUCUAUUCUCUUCAGCAAGAUGUGGGACUUGCUCUACAAGCUGCGCUUUGUUUUGACUUACAUCGCCCCCUGGCAGAUCACCUGGGGUUCAGCCUUUCAUGCCUUCGCUCAACCCUUUGCUGUGCCCCACUCUGCUGUGCUUUUUGUCCAGGCCAUCUUUUCUGCUAUUUUUUCCACUCCUCUCAAUCCUGUGCUAGGGAGCGCUGUAUUUGUCACCUCAUACACCCGACCUGUUAAAUUCUGGGAGCGAGACUAUAACACCAAGCGGGUGGAUCAUUCAAACACCAGACUUGCAACGCAAUUAGAUCGCAAUCCUGGAGCUGAUGACAACAAUUUGAAUUCGAUUUUCUACGAGCACCUGACACGCUCUCUGCAGCACAGCCUGUGUGGAGACCUGCUGCUCGGCCGCUGGGGAAACUACAGCACGGGCGACUGCUUCAUCCUUGCAUCUGACUACCUCAACGCUCUGGUGCACAUCAUUGAGAUCGGCAAUGGCCUGGUGACCUUUCAGCUGAGGGGUUUGGAGUUCAGAGGUACUUACUGUCAGCAGAGGGAGGUAGAGGCAAUCACAGAAGGAGUGGAGGAGGACGAGGGCUGCUGCUGCUGUGAACCAGGUCAUCUGCCUCACAUGUUGUCAUUCAAUGCUGCCUUUGGACAGCGCUGGCUGGCCUGGGAGGUGGCUGCCACCAAGUAUGUACUAGAAGGCUACAGCAUCAGCGACAACAAUGCAGCCUCCAUGUUGCAAGUUUUUGACCUACGGAAAAUUCUCAUCACAUACUAUGUCAAGAGCAUUAUCUACUAUGUGAGUCGAUCUUCUAAACUGGAUGAGUGGCUGAAUAAUGAGACCAUACAGGAGGCUCUUCGUCCUUGUCUCGGACCGAACUAUGUAGACAGUGACCCGACCUUCAACUUGAACAUCGAUGAAGACUAUGAUCAUAGAGCCUCCGGCAUCACCCCCUCCUCAUUCUGCAUCAUUUACCUGGACUGGAUUCAGUAUUGCAACAGCAGGCGUCAAACACCGGUAACUUGUGAAAGAGAUUCUCCACUCGUCAACCUCUGUUUUGGCCUGUGUAUCCUGGGAAGAAGAGCCUUGGGCACAGCCUCCCACAGCAUGUCUGCAAGCUUAGAGCCGUUUCUCUAUGGUCUCCAUGCACUCUUCAAGGGAGACUUUCGCAUCACAUCUCCCCGAGAUGAAUGGGUGUUUGCAGACAUGGACCUACUGAAUCGGGUUGUGGCACCCGGGGUGCGGAUGUCCCUCAAACUGCAUCAGGACCACUUUACAUCUCCAGAUGAAUAUGAAGAUCCCACAGUUCUGUACGACGCCAUCACUGCCAAUGAAGAAAAGAUGUUGAUAUCACAUGAGGGUGACCCCGUUUGGCGCAGCGCUAUUCUAGCAAACAUGCCCUCACUGCUGGCACUGCGCCACAUCAUGGAUGAUGGUAGUGACGAGUACAAAAUCAUCAUGCUUAACAAGAGGUUCCUCAGCUUCAGAGUCAUCAAGGUGAACAGAGAGUGUGUACGUGGGCUGUGGGCGGGCCAACAGCAGGAGCUGGUUUUCCUGCGCAACCGUAACCCAGAGCGUGGAAGUAUUCAAAACGCCAAGCAGGCCCUAAGGAAUAUGAUUAACUCCUCAUGCGACCAGCCCAUUGGCUACCCCAUCUACGUGUCUCCCCUCACCACAUCAUAUGCAGGGGGACACAGCCAGCUCCUGUCUGUUUGGGGAGGACCGGUCAGCCCACACAACAUUUACACCUGGCUCAUCAGCAGCUGGGACAGGUUACAGAAAGGGUGCGGGGCUGGCUGUAACAGCGGAGGAAACAUUGAGGACUCUGACUGUGGAGGCGGCUCUACAUCCAUCUCCACUAACCCAGCUGUUCACACUGGCCAGAGUACACCAGCCUCCAGCCUUCCCCAGCAACACAUCACAACUGUCCAGCCCUCUAUGGGUACAGACAACCCUGUAGGUCCAACCCAGAGCUGGCCUUACCACCCUCAACAUCUCCCUUUAACUCUGCUUAGCCAAUCAGAUGGCAGGAUGGAGGCAGGACUGCUCUCAUCCCUCCAGCGUACGUCCUCCAUCCAGGGCCUACUGGGUCAGCAGCUGUCUAGCUCCCAGCUCUCCUUCAGCAGCUCUGUGGCACCUCCACCUCUGCCAGCCCCAGAGCGCUUCUGCCCAGCGAGUCUCCUGGAGAACUCUGGCCACAGAACGGGCCAGCGGGCUGGCCUCAGCCAAGGCAGUGGGCUACACUAUGAGAGUCACUUUAGCAAGUGGAGCUUUUCAGGCAUGAAGGGCUUUAAUGGACCAGCUGCAGUGGAAGGUGAAGGAGGAACAGUACAGACCAUACGCACACAGCCUGUUCCUCCGGCACCCAUACAAGAAACCAGUCUGACACAGGAUCCUCUCGGAGCCACUCAGACGCUAGAUCCAACCCUUCUGACUUCAGGGGAUCCCCCAACCCCCAGAGAGGAAUCCACUGAGCUGCCUUUAAUCGAGCACCUGCGCUGAGUCUGCACUAGUGAAACAGAAAGCACACCACAGUCAAAUGUGGACCUGGCCUGGCCUUCGCAGGCCGGACUCAUUCCAGCCUUCAGAACUCAUUCCAUCAACCCUCCCAGUGCAAACACCAUUCAGAAAUGGUCUAAUGGCCCUCUGCAAUACUGGAUGGAUGUUGGUAUACUUACAUCACCCCCUCCCUUUCAGCCAAAGGAGCAAACAUCUGAUAGCAUGCUGAGCUGAUGCACGUCAGACCAAUGAAUUAUUCCAAAAUCAACUGUCAUCAUUAUUCACUAGGCCUAUUGAUAUACUUGUUUUUUUUUUCUGAAAAAGACACUCAGUGUCUCUAUGGACAACCGUUUGGUUGUAACAGUAGUGACGGGCCAGAAAGACCAGUGCAAUUAUAAGGGAUAUUUUUGCUUGAGGAUUGUUUAUUUUUCUAUAUGGGAGAAAAGAGGGUCGCCUAUGACUGUAUCUCACUUGACAUCUGCAGCAGCAUUUUUCUCUUGCAUAACUAAUCAAAAAAAAAAAAAGAAGAAGAAAGGAUCAAUGUGUUGCUGUAUGCGCAAGUGAAGGAUAUGUGGAAACCAUGACAAGCCUUGUUUUGUUUUUUCCCCCAAUAUUACCAUGCUCACUGGACCUGCAAAUUAUAUUACCUGAGCAUAUUUCAGGAGCCUCCAUUCUUCUCCCCCUGCAUAAAUACACAUAUUGAAAAAGAGAAACACAAAAAUGUCAUCCCUGUCUUCUAGUCUGUUUUCUGCAGAGGUGCCUGACUGCAUCAACACUUAUCAGGUCCGUCUUGGAGCAAGGGGAGAACAAAGUCCCUUCCAUCCCAGCUGACAUGUGGUGCUUUUACUGCUAGUUUACAGACUUGGGAUGACUCUGCAUACAGCUGGCUCCCAUUGAUCAGGAUUGAGUGGAGGCUGAUUCCAAUCUGUGAAAAUUGUGUUGAUCACAAAUUUACAAGCUGGGAGUGUUAGAUACUUAAGCCUUUUUUGUUGUUUUGGUGAGUGGAAUGUCCUCUCUUUGUUUUACUUGAAGAGUCCCUCAGUGUUGAAGAUGCACUGAGUUUGUUUGCUUUGGAUAACCGAUCAAUGAUGCCCUCUCUGAUCAGAUCUGUGGCUCUCCAGAUAGCAGGGGCCUGGGCUUCUUUGUGUGGGGAGCUGCGUUUCCUUCGCCUGCAGUACGGCCCCUCAUGUUACUUUACUACUGCUUCUGCAUCUCCUGCUACAACUAAUAUACCCACUACUACUACUACUACUACUACUACUACUACUACUACUACUGCUGUCUCCACAACAGAUUAAUCCAGCGUUUUAGUUGGAAAACAAAGCUGAAUAAAUACUGAAAGCAAAGGUGGAAUAUUUAUUUGAUUAAUAUUGUCUUACAAAUAUCUUUAACAGGGUUUCUCUAUAACACGGUGUGCUGAUAUUGAAUUAGAAUUCUGCCUUCUGUCAGCUGUACUUCUCCCCUCCCAGCCUCCCCUCAGUUUUGUGCGGUGUGAUCACAUUUGUGUCAUCUCACCGGUGACUGUCAUUUUUGUUAAGAGUGUAAAAUAACUGAAGGUUUUCCUGAGAAGUCACUUUAAGAUGGUUUCUUUCCCACUUGUGCACUCGUUUUGUUCAACCACUGUGAAAAACACAUUUUAGACACUUAUAAAUCUGAUGAGUUAAAAAUUAAAAGGAAAAAAAAACACAAAGCUGGAAAUUUCACCAUUAGGCCCCAGAUCUAAUGACUUUGUCUCUAUAUGCAGUGGUUGAAGGAUUUCUUGUGCCAUUUGCUAGAAGUAGUGUUCCCCCUGUAGGAAACUUGAAAAGAGUCCAGCGCUCUCAGGGUUUAUAAUAGUAAAGAAAACUAAUAGUAAAGCGCUCUUCUUCUGGAAGACUUUGUCCAAAAGAAGAAAACUAAAAGGGGGCUUGACAAAAAAAUGAAAUGUCACCAUUAUAAGGUUGUGGGUCACAGUGGUGAUUUUGAAAUAUGCCCAUUUUUAUUCUCUCUGGGUUAGAAUAUGCUGUGCAUGCUGUGAAAGGCACACCUUUGUUUAAUCACUCUGCCCCCCUUUUAGUUCCUUCCACCAGACAGUACAGAGCUUCAGAGCUUUUUUUUUCCUCCCCCUUGUUGUUAUGUUUUUGAGCAGGCCUGAGAUUUCUGAAGCUAUAACAGAUAAAAAGGUGUGUCAGCGUCCCUCUUAAAAAAACAAAACAAAAAAAAUCGAAUGAGUAACUCCCACAACUCAGGAAAAACGGAAACCUUCUGAUCAGUGCUGUUUUCUGUUUUUCUUUUCGCCUCAUUCAUUUUUAUUGUAUCCAAAGCGACAGGGCGCUAUGCGGUUUCUUUUUCUUAGCUGGGAGUCAGGAAAGCACAAGUUAAACGACAGACCAGGGUGUCAAAUAAAAAGAAGGGAUUUCUUAAUCUCUGAAAUUAUGUACAGCGUGUUUGGUAUAUAAAUGUAUAUUUAAAAUAUAAAUCUAUUUUAUUAUUGGAUUUUGGGUUCUUUUGCAUCAAAGACACUAUGCUGACGUUUAGGGGAGAAAUGCUUGUGUUUACUCGUCAAAGUGGGGAGCCGAGUGGAGAGAGGCACUCAUCACAUUAAAAUGUGCAGUUUGGGAAGAAUUGGUUACUUUUUCUUUUGCACAAACUGUAUCAUACACCAUCCCACUUUGUUAUCAUUUUGGUUUUUAAUUAUUUUGGGAGGGAGGGGUCUUUUAUUUAAAAACUUUAAGUCAAUGUUAAAUGUUCUGUACAGUUUUUAUGUGAUUUUUUUCCUUCCUAUUUAAAUUAAAGUUUUUUGCGUCUUUGUUUGCAAAACUGUA